AUGCGGGUGACCCGGGGAGACGUGUUCGCCUUGCCAGAGGACGACUACCUCGACUACAGCUUCACCGUUGACUUCAGCACGGUGGAGGGCACCAAGGCAGCUCCCACAGAACUGCCCACGUCCCUGUUGACGGCGCAGCCCACGUGGGAGAGCAACCCAGGCCCCGAGGAGAUGCUGACGGAAGUGCCCAUGGAGGAGGUACCCAGCACCAUGCCGGAUGGGUUCGGGGCGCAGGACCCCAUGGAAGAGCCCGAGGAGCUGUGUAGCAGGAAACCUUUUGACGCCUUCACCGAUCUGAAGAACGGUUCCCUUUAUGCUUUCCGAGGGAAGUACUUCUACGAGCUGGAUGAGACGAGCGUGCGGCCCGGCUACCCCAAGCUCAUCAGUGACGUCUGGGGCAUCGAGGGCCCCAUUGAUGCGGCCUUCACCCGCAUCAACUGCCAGGGCAAGACUUACCUGUUCAAGGGCAGCCAGUACUGGCGCUUUGAUGACGGAGCCCUGGACCCUGGGUACCCACGCGACAUCUCCGAGGGCUUCGAAGGCAUCCCAAACAGCAUCGAUGCGGCCUUUGCCCUUCCUGCGCACAGCUACCAUGGCAAUGAGAGAGUCUAUUUCUUCAAGGACAAGUACUACUGGUCCUACGACUUCGCCCACCAGCCCACGCAGGCCGACUGCGAGAAGUCCUCCCCCUCAACCGUGUUCAACCACUACGCCUUCAUGAACCGCGACAGCUGGGAGGACGUCUUCCAGAUCCUCUUCGGCGGCAGGAUGAGUAAGGGCUGGGCCCGGCCCAGGGGAAAGGGCCGGUUUGUCUUUAAUAGAGAUGCCAAAGGGUCCCACCUUGUCACCCGUGCUCAGGCAGCUGGCAAAAACUAA